AUGUCUCUAAAUACAAAUCUUUCACUUAGUACUUUAAAUCGACACUUUGUUGUUCAUACCAAUUUCAAACCUUAUUCCUGUGGCUUAUGUAAUAAGCGUUUUUCUUUUAAAAAUGGCUUAAAAUCACAUAGUUUUGUUCACACAACUGAUAAACCUUAUUCUUGUAUUGUCUGUAAUAAAAGAUUUACACAAAAGCAUCAGUUAAAAGCGCACAAUCUUGUUCAUAGUAAAGAAAAGAUUUAUUUUUGUAGUAUGUGCUCCAUGAGUUUUACUGAAAAACACCAUUUAAUUUCACAUACUUUCGUCCAUACUAAAGAAAAACCUUUUACUUGUAGUAUAUGUCAGAGAGGUUUUUCACUUAAAACUAAUUUAAAUGCACACAUUAUGAUUCAUAAAGGGGAAAAACCUUAUUCGUGUAUCGUAUGCAAUAAAAGUUUUACUCAAAAAAGAAAUUUAACGCAUCACUACCUUACUCACACAAAUGAAAAACCUUAUUCUUGUUUCUUGUAG